CAGCUGGCAGGAGCGGAAGCAGCCCCGAAAAACGAUGCUACCCCCACUGCUGCUGCUCACAGCGUCCGCAGCGACCGGCUCCACUCCCUCGUUGCGCCGGCUCAUCUCGCGGCGGCCACUCCUCUCGGCCGGCGCUGCGGCGGCGCUGGGCUGGUCUAUCAACGCAGGCCGGCCGCGGGUCUACGCGACCGUGGCCGACAUCCCCGACGAUGAGUUCCGACGCCACGCCACGCUCCGUUGUCGCGUCGUCAAGGUCUCGGACGGCGACACACUGCGGUGCGAGCACGAGCCGCUCUGGAGCGCUCUGAUCCCGAGCGCCGGCGGCCCGAAGAAGGGCAAGCUCUCUGCUCGGAGCCUGUCCGUGCGGCUGUACGCGAUCGACGCGCCCGAGACGGCCAAGGCCGGGCGGCCCGGGCAGCCGCUCGGAGGGGCAGCCACCGCCUUUGUGUCGGCGGCCGUGCUCGGCAAGCUUGUGCAGGUCAAGCUGCUGUCGCGCGACCAGUACGGCCGUGCGGUGGGGGUGGUCUCGGUGGGCGCGCUCAGGCGGCGCGACCUCUCGGAGGCGCUGCUGUCGCAGGGGCUCGCCUUUGUCUACCGCGGCGGCGGCGCGCAGUACGACGGAGACCGCGCGAGGUGGGACCGGCUCGAGGCGGCCGCCAGGCGCCAGAGGCGGGGCGUGUGGGCGACGGGCGGCGCGGUGGAGACGCCGGCCGAGUACAAGCGGCGAGGGAGGGCGCGGGUGUGAGCGAUGCGGGUUCCUAGCCCGUUCUAGUGUUCUCUUUCUCUGUGUGUAAAGGGGGUGGUCCGCCCCCGUAUUACUAACCACGUGAGUAAUUU